AUGUUCUACGAGGGGCCGCUGCAGGAUGGCAUCGAGCUUGCUGUCCGAGAGUCAAAGCUAGUCGUCUGUUUCGUUCGAGAUGAUUCGCAAGAGAGCUCCGAAUGGGAGAAUGAGUAUUUCGCAGAUGAAGAGAUAACCCAAUUAUUGAAGGACAAGUCUGUGACUCUGCGACUGAAAGAAGGCACCCAGGAAGCUGGCUUCCUGUCGUCUUUCUGCUCGAUCAGCAAAUACCCUACUGUGGUAGUCGUCAAAAAUGGCAUGCUCAAUGAAUACAUAGUGGCGGGGACGUCGAAGGAUGCCUUCCGCAACCGCCUCAAGGCAGUCCUUGUAGGAAACCCUGAAACGGCAAUAUCCGCCCCUGCUUCGUCGGCACGCAGCGCUGGAGAGGAUAAUGCUGCCGCCGCCCAGCUACCAUCAGCUCCAUCCACUGCUGCUAGCGCUCCGCAGCCCGCGCAACCUGCGCAGUCUACACCACCUGCGCAGCCUGUAGCGCAGGAAUCCAAGACGGAAUCGAAACCCGAGAAGAAGGAAACGGAAACGGGACAUAUGGGGCCAUCGAAGAGGCCCGGGCACAAAGUUUCGAAUGAACAAGCAGAAAGCAGAGCACAACGGCAUCGAGAGGAGCGGGAACGAGCGUCCAAGCAGGCCAAGCAGGAUCAGGAGGAAGUCAAGCGCAAAGAAGCGCAAUCAAAGCCCACCUCUUCGAGAACAAUCAACGAAGCCGCCACACCGGCAGUAGAGCGCCCACAGCCUCGAGCACCAACACAGUACCGCCUACAGGUCCGUCUUUUCGACGGCAGCUCCGUGCGCUCUAGUUUCUCCCCAACCGAUACUAUCCGCGCCAAUGUUCGUCCUUGGCUGGAAGAGAAGCGCACCGAUGGCGAUCGUCCUUACACGCUGAAGCACGUCCUAACCCCUCUUCCCAACCAUACCAUCUCCGUGUCCGAGGAGGAGCAAACGCUACAGGAACUUGGCCUUGGCCCGACUGCUAACCUCGUCAUGGUCCCGGUACAGUCGUACACUGAGGCCUACGCCUCAGUAGCUAGCUUCCCAGUCAGAGGACUAUAUGCAGGCUACAACCUAGUAUCUGGCGCGGUGGGCGCUGUAACCGGCACAAUCGGUUCGAUCUUGGGUUACGGCGGAAACCAAACCGCUCCUGGCAGUGAUUCCAACAACACAUCUCCACCUCCAUCUCAACGACCAGGAAAUGGCGCUGCGAGACCGAGAAACGGUGUUGGUCUUAAUGUCCGAACGUUGAGAGACCAAAGAGAUGAGCGGCGCGAUAAUCAAUUCUACAAUGGAAAUCAGGUAUACCGAACCAUAACCCACUGGAGCAAUACCAAGGGAUAA